UUAGUCGAGUGCGGAGCGCGCUCGUGGCCGCUUCCCAAACUGACGGUUCCUCCUGGUUCCUCUUCCGGGUUACCGAAAAUAUGAUCAGUUAAAUUAAGUGUCGUGUCACGUGUAUCUUCAAUAAGUGCGUAAUUAACACAUCAAUACUCUACAUAUCCAGAACUACUACACAAUGCCUAUUGGCAGCGUUAAUAAGGAACCGGCAGUCAAGCGGGAGACCUUCAGACCGCCGUGGGUGAAGGAUAAGGACGCAGCAGCGCCGCCACCAUGGACUCAGAGAAAAUUGAAACCAGUGGAGACACCAGCAAAGGCUGACAAGACUGACAGUGAGGAGCAACCGACACCAGCCCCUGCGGUAAAACCAUUGAAGCCCGUUUUAAAAAAACAGUCGACGAUAAAAGAAAAAUCUGUUAAGCCUGAAAAACCAGAAAAUGGUGUAUCCGAGACAGUUGAAGAAAAACUUGUAAAACCGUCAGCAGCGAAAUCUGCUGACAAGGCUUCAAGACCAGCAGAUGAAAAACCUCGAUUUACAAAAUCUUCAUUAAGAUCAGUCGAUAAGUCACCUAAAACUGAAGAUAAAAACUCAAAUGAGAAGGCUCCAGAGAAACCUGCACUCAGGAGUGUGAGAACAAUUGAUGGUGACAAAACUAAAGAUAAGUCAGUCACAAUAGUAGACAAGAAACCUCUUGAGAAAAAUAGUCCAUCAAAAACAAAUAAUACUGUAGCAAAUGAUAAAAAUCCAAAUGACAAAAGUUUUACAAACUCAACUAGCAAAACUUCAGAGACAAAGCCACUUCUUAAGAAAACUGAUACAACAAAAGUAGAAGAGAAGGACGACUCAAAAAUGGCCACAAAGCCACCGAUCGAAAAACCUACUACAAAGUUGCCUCCGCGCAAGCCAUCCCUUGUAAAGCAAGCAUCAAAGGAUGAACCAGUCAAGAAAUGGAGGGAUCCUCUACACGAGAGGGUUAAAGAAAACAUCGACAAGACACUUAAUGAAGUUCCUAAAGGACAUACUCUGACCAAGAAUGAAAGUUUAAGAAGCUUGUUGAAGCCAACGCCACCACCAAUGCCGCCACCAAUGCCACCGAAAAUGCCUCCUCCACCCGAAUUCAAAAAAGCUCCAUUAGAUCUGGACAAGUUGAAAAAGUUGGAAAGCCUUCGAAGCAGACCUAGAAAGCGACCUGACUGGAGUGACAUGAUGAAAGAAGUAGAAGAAGGCAAAAAAUUGAAACACGUCGUUUGCAAUGACAGAUCAAGCCCAAUUAUUACAAAAACAUCAGUAGUAAAAAAUAAAGACCAAUUUAUAUUUGAAUCAGAGAAACCAAACUCACACAACGCUCUAUUAAAAGAAAUCAAUCAGGGCAUUAAGCUAAAGAAAACUAAAACAAAUGACAGGAGCAAACCUAAUUUGGAAGGUUUAAGGAAGUUUAGAAGGCAAAUGACUAUUGAAGAACAGGUUCAAAAGUCAAUGUCUCAAGCUAAUCUAUUAGCUGCGUCUCCUUCGGGAGUCUCAAUAGCAGGAGGAGUAGCAGAGGUCCCCGGUGCAGAAGAAGAAGAUAUCGAUGAGAUGGAUGAUAUUGAUAAAGUCAGAGACGACCUUCAAUCAACAAAACAAUUACUGGCGAUUGAACUUAGGAAUAAGGAAGCUCAAGAAAGAGAAAAUAAACGACUGCUGACGAGGAUACAAAAUCUUGAAGCUGAAUUGGCAAGAGAACGUGCAAUUAUAAGACAGGAACAACAUAAGACGGUUAUAUCAGUUACAGACGCUUACGAUGAGAGACUGGUGAACAGCCUUAAAAUGGAAGUAGAUAGGGCUAAAGACACAGCAGAUAACUUAGAAAAGCAAUAUCUGCAAGCCGCAGAAGACAGGGACACGGCACUAACAGAACUGGAGGAAGUAAAACGAAAGAAUGCAGAGUUAGAAAAGAAAUUAGAACAAGCACUACAGGUCGAGGAGGUGUAUAAGUCAGAAGAACCACUGUCAUUCUACCAGAAGAGACAGCUGGAUUUCGAAAAAGAGUGUAGGUUAUUAAACAUUGAUGUAAACUCAACUGCUGCUCAAGAGCUUAGGAAAAGCGCUAAAUCAACUAACAUUAUUGCUACUACUAACGCUGACACUAACGACAACGAGGGUAUAAUGCCUACAAACGUGGGUUCAAGGAGAUCAAGUCACGCAAUAAAACAGCUUUCGGUUACCAAAGACGACAGUUUCGAGGAGGAAGAGGAAUCGGAGCCUGAAGAGGAGGAGACUGAAGAAAAGAAACAAAAGCGAAUGGAAAAAGAAGUACGCAAUAUGAGAAACAAAAUCCGACACCUAAAAGAAAAACAGGACCUUAUGAAGCGCGAAAGAAUGGCCUUCAAAAUGUCCCUCAAAAACCAACAACUGGCUUUGAAAGACGAGAAGAAGAAAUACAAAGAAUUAAAGCGCGAAGUAGACAAGAUGGCGGCCAUGAUGAAAGAAGUCGGCUCAGACGAAGAUGAGGAGGAAGAGGAAUCAGAGGAAGAGGAGGAAGAGAAGAGUGAAACCGAAGAGGAGACUGAAACUGAGACGGAGCAGGACACGGAAAGCGAAACGGAGAGUGAGAGUGAACCUGAGGACGCUCCAUUGCCGAAAAAGAAGGACAACCUCACGACAAGGAUGAAGCGACACGAGAGUAGAGUCAACGCGCUCAAGAAGGGCAACGCUCUACUGAUGGCUAAUGUGGACAGACUGAAGGAUGACGUGCUGAAGCAGAGAGAGGAGUCCAUUACCCUUCAGCAUGAGCUAGAUUCUCUAAUUAAUGACCUUGAGUAAUGGGCAAGGCAACUGCCAAAAGUUUCCCUUGUUUUUAGAUUUGUUGUAUGGGAUUUGGCUAUGAGGGCUCAUAGAGGCCAUAAAUAAAAAAUAAAAGUAUUUAAUGACUCAUUUAAUAGGCAUGACAGGGGAAACCUAUGCUGGCGCCAUCGGUAAAAAGCUUCGACCGGCCAACCCUAUUAAUUCAUCUAAGAUAAUAAAUAACUAUAGAAAUUGACUUAUAACAAAAAAAUUAUACUAUUUACCAUAAAGCACUGACGUGGUAUAAAAAAAAGUUUUGAUCCUACUCGCAAGUGACCUUACGCAGUGUCUAAAUUAAAUAUCUCUUAAUUGGUUUCAAAUAUAGAGUGCCAAUGUCAUUGGUGUUGUUAGUAAACAUUUUAAUAAAUUGAGAUUAUAUUAUGUGAAGAUUUCUAAACAUGAAGAUUUCUAAACAUGAUAAAAUAAUCAGUUAAUUUCUAUAAAUAACAAGGAAACAUAUGGUAAAACCUAAUUAUAAUAUAUUAAGUUACCACAAAGUAAUUAAAACUUGAUUGCUAGCUAUUUAAGUAUUCAUUUCUUUAAUGGAGUAAAAGAAAUAAGAAUAAUAAUUGAAAUGGUGAACAUAUCAUGCUGCAAAUCAAAAUAAUACUUAUAGUAACUAUGUCAAAUACAAAUUGUGAUUGCUUGAUAAAUAUUAAUACUUAUACUUACUAAUGAAAUUGUGUUAGCCCUGAUUGGGUGAAAUUUUAUUUAUAUCCUAUUUAUCCCUAUUACAUGUUACGGGCAUAUUUAUACCAUCAGUAUUUAAUAAAUCAAAAGAAAAACUACUAGUAUAAUAUAUCAGAUUGAUUUUUAUGCAGGUAUAUGCUAAUUGAAAAAAUAUUAUGUGAUUUGUAAAUAAUAUUGACACACACAUAUAAGAUAAUCUCUAAUAUAAUGCCUAAUUUGUAUUGCCAAAGGAAAACAAUAAACUUUUUUAAACUA